AUGCCCUCCACCACCGCAAUCAGUGACGACGACUACGACAAGAUAGCCAGCUAUAUUCGUCAGGAGCGACCUAGAAGUUUAACAAAGGCAGAACGUCUUGACAUACUGCGACUUCAUGCCGAUAUUCGCCGUGACGGUCAAAUGCAAGUGUCUUCUACCAUCGGUCGCCUGCUCGGUCGAAGCCAAAAGGAUGUCAUGACGUUGUUGCUGGAAGCCAAGAUCAUCCACUGCGAUGUCAAUUGCAAGCCUGAGGCCGUCAACUGCUUCAACCUGUCUAACAAUUCCUUGUGCUGGUUCAAGCGGGGGAGGCGUCGGGGUCACGCUGUAUAUGCCGUGUCAAGUGCCCAUGCGGCAGAUCGUGACGUGUACGUUCAACACUUGAUGCAAGUGGUUCCUGCGACGCCCGUGGUGUACUUGGACGAGAGCUACAUUCAUCAUCACUACGCACGCCACCAUGAUUCCCUGUACGACCCCACGGACGAUGGCCCCACCAAAGAAAUGCACAACGGUCGCCGGUUCUGUUUUAUUGCUGGUAUUAUGGCCGCUACUCCCACUGACUCCUUCGUCGUUGGCGUGGAUGUCUUUCAAGGCUGCGCGAAGGCUAAGAAUGAUCCUAAGGAUUGUCAUGCGAUGUUCAACCACACGUACUUUAUCAAGUGGUUCGAGAAAGUCGUGUCCGAAGUAGAAGCACUGGGAAAGCAAGGGGUCACGUUCGUGAUGGAUAAUGCAAAAUACCAUAAAGGCCUACCUGCUGACACGCCGAGAGGUAUAUGGCGCAAAGCAGACCUGCUGAUCGUAUGUCAGCGCUAUGCGGUUGACGUGGACGGUCACGACCUCAAGAAGACCAUAUGGGCGAGGCUCAAACCAGUCUUCUCAACACGUAUCGACCCGGUUGUAGUGUCCAUGGCGCGGGCCCGAGGACACGAUGUGGUUUUCACACCACCACAUCAUUCGGAUCUUCAAACUUUUGAAAUGGUUUGGGCCAAAGUCCAAGGUGGCGUUGGAGUUCAAUAUACCGUGGAUACGACGUUUGGGGAUGUGCGGUCGCGUCUGGACGCCGCGUUUGUCAGCCUACCCUCGGAUACCGUGGCCGUCAACCAGGAAGGGGAAGAAACCAAGGAGGAAGUGCCCACAUCGGAGCUGGCGAUGGACCCGGUAAGUGGGACCUCGGCCAUGCUGACGGUCGUCGACGAAACCAAGGAAGAGCAUCCAUCACCUAACAAGGCCAACCCUGAACGACGGCAGAAUCGUGAGGCGAAACCGGAGAAUAAGAAAGCGGAUUACGUGGCCCAGGCCAAGGCUGAACAUGCGCACUCACGAACAUCUGCUUUCGACUCACAUGAGCGGCAGCCAGUGUCACCUUCACUGGUGCUGAAAGACAUCGAGUACCCUCCUAUCACUGCGAUCGACCGUAACUCCCUGGUGGCAUGGAUGCACAAGCGCGACCGUGCGUUCCUCAAACGUAUCUGCAAGAUCCUUGGCGACCCGGCCAACAAAUGGGCCUUCAACAACGCUGAAAUGGAGGAACAAUGCAAGAAAUUGCUUGAGGACCCUUUGGGGGCGUGGCAACCCUACCUCAAGCCCCCCGACAUGCUCAAGACCUUCAUCAAGGUGGUGGCGUCGUGCAUCACAUCCUUCAACAUACGGGACAGAGUCGGGGAGCAGAUGAAGACAGUCCAAGCCAGAACCCUGGUGGAAUUUUCCAAGAUUCUGGCGGAACAGUUUGAACGAACAUAUCAGGCAGAGUUAGUAAUGAAGUCACGGGGUGGUGAUCGCAAGCGAGGACGCAAUUGGGACGAGAAUGGACGUCGCACGGGCAAGCCCAUAGUCCAGCGCAAGAACGAGCAACAUCAGCGUGAAGCGUAUUACCAGAACGGAAACGCUCCGCGGCUAAAAGACGGUUACACCAAGCUGGCCCCGGUGGACCGUGGAUGCGACGGACUUCCUCGUGCUCAUGGAGCGAUAGGAGUACCGUCGACGAACAAGUAUGGGACCCCGACGGCAGUGCGACCCCCGCUUGAGGACAGAGAUCAGUCUGCCCCAGCCAGGAUGACCGCGGAGCGCUAUGAUUUGUAUUCCAACAACCAGGAUCCCGUUUGCGUGAAUCAGCGCAAGGCGGAGUUGAAGGCGAAACGGGUGGUCAAGGCCAAGGCGGCCGAAGAAGACGGCGAGCAGCAGUGGAUUCGACUCAACGGCGUGUUCGAAGUACCCUACUGCCCAGACACCGACCGUAUGGCUGUGGCGCUCAAGGAACCGAGGAUCGGGAUGGCUUGCAACAACUUGCCUUUCGAGGCGCAUGCUUACGUGGACCUUGCCCUGCAGCUACAAACAGCAAUGAUAUUUGCCUCAGACAACACCCUCAAGGUGAUUGGCAUUGACAUCUACUGGCUGCUGGAACAGGUGGCGGCCUUGCAGCUGGAUGAUGAUGGUGACGACGUGGAGGAAGGUGAUGACGCUCUCACGGAGCAACCCACGUGCGGCGAGUCCAAGGACGCGGUGGAGGCGGCAUUCCAAGACCUGAUCAACGAGGUCAUCGAUAACCAAUUUCAAAUCGAAAGUGUACAAGGUUUGUGGCGUGUCCUUACAAAGCAUGACAUAUGGCGGCUCGAGUUCAAUGGGAAGCACCACCUCCUUGAGGAGAGCUGUGUAUACCCCGACAGGGUGAUGCAGGGUCAUCUGGACAGUGCCCUCUAUGUGCAGUCCUUGAACGAAGAUUGUUAUCAGACAUUGAGUGGCGCACUUUGGUCUCAAGCUGGGCCGGCCAAGACCAAGCUGUACACUCAUGAGGUCAAGUGGUGUGGGCGCAUCAUCAGUGGCGAGGCCGUUAAGCAGGAGCCGGAAGGGAUCCAGCACUAG